GAUACCAUCAAUUCACAUUUUUCUUCUCCCCCAUAAAUUACCCCUCAAACCCCCUUCUUCUCACCAAUUCUAUCUCCAACCUCACUUUCUCUCUCUUCACUUCUUUCUCUCUCUCUCUAACCAGAUCUCCGCUUCUCUUUCUCUCUCCUCUUCCGCCAUGGCAGGACCUUCAGUUCCUGCUACCUUUCUUCUGAAAGAUGAGCUUGAUAUCGUCAUCCCCACCAUCAGAAACCUUGAUUUUCUCGAAAUGUGGAGGCCAUUUUUCCAACCUUACCAUCUGAUUAUUGUUCAAGAUGGAGAUCCUUCUAAGACCAUUAAGGUCCCUGAAGGAUUUGAUUAUGAGCUUUACAAUAGGAACGAUAUUAAUCGUAUUCUGGGUCCUAAGGCCUCUUGUAUCUCUUUCAAGGAUUCUGCUUGUAGAUGUUUUGGGUACAUGGUUUCUAAGAAGAAGUACAUCUACACCAUUGAUGAUGAUUGCUUUGUUGCCAAGGAUCCAUCUGGGAAAGACAUUAAUGCACUGGAGCAACACAUCACUAACCUUCUUUGUCCAUCAACCCCACUUUUCUUCAACACCCUUUAUGAUCCAUACAGGGAUGGUGCUGAUUUCGUCCGUGGAUAUCCCUUCAGCAUGCGUGAAGGUGCUAAGACCGCUGUUUCUCACGGUCUUUGGUUGAAUGUCCCUGAUUAUGAUGCUCCCACCCAGCUUGUGAAGCCCCUUGAGAGGAACACCCGGUUUGUUGAUGCUGUUAUGACCAUCCCCAAGGGCACCCUCUUCCCUAUGUGUGGCAUGAACUUGGCUUUUGACCGUGAGCUCAUCGGACCUGCUAUGUACUUUGGACUCAUGGGUGACGGCCAGCCUAUUGGCCGUUACGACGACAUGUGGGCUGGAUGGUGUGUUAAGGUUAUCUGUGAUCACCUAGGACUUGGAGUGAAGACCGGGCUUCCUUACAUCUACCACAGCAAAGCUAGUAAUCCAUUUGUGAACCUGAAGAAGGAAUACAAGGGUAUCUUCUGGCAAGAAGAGUGCAUCCCGUUCUUCCAGAGCGCAACCCUCCCAAAGGACUGUACUACUGUCCAAAGCUGUUACCUUGAGCUCUCCAAGCAAGUCAAGGAAAAGCUUGGAAAGGUUGAUGAGUACUUUGUCAAGCUGGCUGAUGCCAUGGUCACAUGGAUCGAGGCUUGGGAUGAGUUGAAUGGUGCUCCAGCUGCUAUUGCCAAUGGCAGCGCCUAAUAAGAGCAGUUUAUAGAGUGGUUCAAGGCCUUGUAUUGCCAUUCGUUAUCUCUUAUUAAUUCAAGCUUUGAAUCAUUGAGGUUUGCUUGGAGGCUUAGGGAUUUUUCGUUUCAGGCAGAGAUAUAGGAUUUAAUUAUUUUCAUAAUUUAUUUUUCAAAAAACAGGGGAGUUCUGUAGCCAGAACCUCCUCUACCUAUCCUAUUUAUGUAUCCAGUAGAUUGAGCAUUUGUUAUUUGUUUUUUUGGGAUUCAUAUGUUAAGAGUACUAUUAUUCGUUGCUGAUUUCUCCUUUAGAAAAUUA